UGUUGGUGCCGUUGGUUCGUUUGGUUCUGGUGCGGUACCAUGUCGGAGGGUCCGGGCUCCGGGACGUUCCCCUCGAGAGACAACAAGAGGCUGUCGACUGGGAGAAGCAGCUCCAGAAAGAGCUCCGGCGGCCGGGUGACUUUGGAGAAAGUUCUGGGCAUCAGCUCGGUGAGCAGCAGCGCUCUGAGUUGUGACCCCAAAUCUGGGACCAUCGCCUAUCCGGCAGGCUGCGUCAUCGUUUUGCUUCACCCCAAGAAAAACGAACAGAGUCACAUCAUCAACACCAGCAGGAAUCCUUUCAGUGCUGUGGCUUUCUCUCAUGAUGGGAAACAUCUGGUUACUGGAGAGAGUGGCCACAAGCCCUGUGUGUGUGUGUGGGAGGUCUCUGGAGCUCCGGUCGCUGACGUCCAGGCUCAUAAACAUGGAGUUUCCUGCGUGGCGUUCUCCACCAACGGCAGCUACAUCAUCUCCGUGGGACACCAGCAUGACAUGAACGUCAGUGUGUGGGACUGGAGGAGAGGUUUCAUCAUCGCCUCUAACAAAGUGUCCAGUCGAGUCCUCAGUGUCUCCUUCUCUGAGGACAGCAGCUACUUUGUGACUGCAGGAAAAAGACACGUCAAGUUCUGGUAUUUGGACGCCUCCAAAGACCGGCAGGUCAGCAGCACCGUGCCUCUGACUGGUCGGUCAGGGUUGCUAGGCGACCACAGGAACAGCGAGUUCAGCGGCGUGGCAUGUGGGCGGGGCCAGAUGGCGUCCAGCACCUACUGCGUCACCACCUCCGGUCUGCUGUGUGUGUUCAGCAGCAGCCGAGAGAUGGAGUCCUGGAUCGACCUGAAGACGUCCUCCUCCAGCUGUGUGUGUGUCAGUGAGGACUGGGUCUUCUGUGGUUGUUCUGACGGAGUCAUCAGAGUCUUCAGCAGCCGCAACCUGACCUACAUCAGUACGCUGCAGCGCCCCCACAGGCUGGGAGGGGAGCUGAGCAACUGCAGCCCGAACAGGAAGAGCCCAGGCGCUCAGUACCCUGACUCUCUGGCUCUGACCUUUGACCCUGCUGCCGGCCUUCUGACCUGUGUGUACAGUGACCACAGUGUGUAUGUGUGGGACGUCCGAGACGUGAGGAAGGCCUCCAGAGUCUACUCGGCGCUGUACCACAGCGGCUGUGUGUGGGGCGUGGAGGUGUGUCCGCAGCUGCUGGACGUGUCUCAGGCUCGUCUCCCUCCGUCCUCGUUCUUCACCUCUUCCUCUGACAACACAAUCAGGCUGUGGAACAUCGAGUCACGCAGACAACACACACAGCUCAGCAGCAACGACCUGCUGAGGGUCUUGUACGUCGGUGACCAGUUGCAGGCUGAUGGGAAGGCGGCAGGGGCUGAUGGGAAGGCGGCAGGGGCUGAUGGGAAGGCGGCAGGGGCUGAUGGGAAGGCGGGGAUCAGAGUUCUGAGGAUCAGUCCUGAUGGACGACACCUGGCUGCAGGAGACCGCUGUGGAAACCUGAGGGUCUUUGAUCUGGCCUCCCUGGACCAGCUGGUGAUCAUCGAAGCUCACGACUCGGAGGUCCUCUGUGUGGACUUCUCGCCGCCGUCCUCAGGGCUCCGGCUGCUGGCCUCGGGCAGCAGGGAUCGGCUCGUCCACGUCUUCAACAUGGAGAACGGCUUCAGGGUGGAGCAGACCCUCAGCGACCACUCCGCCGCCGUCACUGCAGUCAAGUUCACAGACGCUGGCCCCGGGCUGAGCCUGGUGAGCUGUGGAGCUGAUAAGAGUCUGUACUUCCAGACGGCUGCUCAGGUGUCGGGCAGGGCUCGCUUCUCUCGCAGUCACCAGGUGAAGGAGAAGAUCAGUCUGAACGACAUGGACCUGCUGCAGAGGCAGGCCGCCGUGGCCUGUCAGGACCGGACCGUCCGGGUUUACACUGUGGAGACAGGGAAGCUGAAGAAGGUUCUGAGAGGCUCAUCAGGAAACAACGGAUCCCUGCUGAAGGUUCAGGUCGACUCCUCGGGUUCGUUCUUCGCCACCAGCUGUUCUGAUAAAAGCAUCAACAUUUUCGACUCCGAGUCAGAAGAGUGUGUGAGCACGCUGUGGGGACACUCAGAGGUCGUCACCUGCAUGAGGUUCACUGAGGACUGCAGACACCUGGUCACUGUGUCGGGCGACAGUUGUGUGUUUGUGUGGCAGCUGGACCAUCAGAUGAGCAGCACCAUGAGGAAGAGGCGGGGCCUCAGAUCCGUCGCUGCACCUGCUGACCAGCAGCACAUCAGGAGGGAGACCUUCAUCGUCCCCCAUCAGCUGCCUCACCCGGUGGAGGAGGAGGAGGAGGAAGGGGGAGGAGUCAAGACUCCACGCCGGUUUGAGCCUGCGUCAGACGUUGAGCGGAAGCAGAACCUCCAGAACCGUCAGAGCCUUCCUCACUGGCUCCACAGGCUGGUUGCGGACGGCACACUCUCCCCCUUCACCCCCUGGCCGGACCCGGAGCGUCAGCAGGUUCGAUGCCGGUGGGUGAGGUCAGUGGACAGCCCCGUGGUCUACUCCUCCUCCUCAGUCUGCCCAGCGGAGGAGGAGGAGGAGGAGGAGGAGGAGGAGGAGGAGGAGGAGGAGGAAGAGGAGGAGGAGGAGCUGCUCCACCCUCACAGCCUGCUGGCUGACCUGGACCAGGUGCUGCAGACUGACCCUGGACAUCAGAGCACCUUCAUCAUCCACCCGGGGACCCCCAGCAGCCGCAGCUGUCAGCAGAGUUCAGAUUCUGACGAGUCCACAGGAGGACUGGAGCGGUCGCAGGACGACGCAGACGGAGGCUCUCUGAGUGGCAGCAGCUCUCUGGACAGUUUGGACGACGGCUGUGAAGACACUCUGACCUCCAGCCUGAGCGACGAGAAGUUUGACACCGACCUGAGGAGCCUGCAGUCGCCGGAUCAGCUGCACUUCCUGAACCCCCGCCUCAGCGUCUCCACCCGCUUCCUGUCCCGCUUCCAGGACAGAUGCAGACGGCAGGUCGUGACCUCUCACGCGAGGUCACCGGACGAGGUCGGCAGCGUCGACGUCACUCUGACCAAUCAAGACCAAACCCUGAUCCCAAGCCCCGCCCCCACAGCCCCGCCCCUCAUCGCCGGGGACAUCAGCAGCUGCUCGACAGAUGAUUUCUCAGCUGCUGAUUGGUCUAUCUUGGCCCCGCCCACCUCCUCGCCUCUGACAGACAGACCCUGCCCUCCUCUGGCUGAUAACCCCGCCUGCUACAACGAGGAGGAGGAGGAGCACCAGGAGCACCAGGGCCUCCUGCUGCAGGCUGCACAGGUCAUGGAGGAGCUGAAGGCGACCGCCCGACGAGCGCGCCACAUUUUUCAACAGCUGGGAGCGUCUUCGCCCGCCGGUUCACCGUGGCUCCGCCGCACGGCGUCCGUCCUCGCCCUGCUCCGCGAUCUGGACCAAGGUGCCUCGGAGCCGGUGGACUGCGGCGCCCCCAGUGGUCAGCUGCAGGACAACACCGCCUGAGGACGGCUGUAUAUGUACAUGUGGAAUUUGUAAAAUAGAAUAAAAAUUAAAAAAAAAAAGAAAACCUGUUUUCUUUUUUUUUAAUUUUUAAAAAGUUUUCUUAA